UCCCGUAUCAGGAGCUGAAACAAACAAGAACGUUAGCUCAAAGGAUUAUUAUGCGUACCGAUUAAUGAUUAGACGUGGCCUGGACAACGUCAUUUUACGAUGUCGUGAGCUUUGUCAACAAUUCAUGGUCGACAUGUACGCGAAGAUUGAGAGCGAACGACUACGAUACUUACGAUAUAAUCAACAAAAGCUGCGCGCGGAAGAGUACAUUCAUUUGCGAGACGCUAUUAACAACAACGCCGACGUCGCCGAAAUUGGUAACCAUGUCAUUUUACCAUCAUCGUACGUAGGCAGUCCACGUCAUAUGCAAGAAUAUAUACAGGAUGCUCUGACUUUCGUGCGCGAAUAUGGACAACCAUGUUUAUUUAUCACGUUCACAUGUAAUCCAAAAUGGCCAGAGAUUACAUCUUUGCUACUGCCUGGCCAAAAUGCAAUACAUCGCCAUGACAUUACAGCACGUGUGUUCAGACAAAAGUUGAAGUCUUUAAUAAGUUUCAUUACUAAAUCACAUGUAUUUGGUCCCACACGUUGCUGGAUGUAUUCGGUUGAGUGGCAAAAGCGAGGAUUACCUCAUGCACACAUUUUGGUUUGGUUCAUCGACAAAAUCCGUCCUGAAGAAAUCGAUAGUAUAUGA